AUGUCUACCCUGAUUCCUCCACCUUCUAAGAAGCAAAAGAAAGAAGCUCAACUUCCUAGAGAAGUAGCUAUUAUCCCGAAAGAUUUACCCAAUGUUUCGAUCAAGUUCCAGGCUUUAGAUACAGGUGACAAUGUAGGUGGUGCCCUAAGAGUUCCCGGUGCUAUCUCCGAGAAACAAUUAGAAGAACUGUUAAAUCAAUUGAAUGGUACCUCAGGUGAUCCAGUGCCAUAUACAUUCAGUUGUACCAUUCAAGGUAAGAAGGCCAAUGACCCUGUGAAGACAAUUGAUAUAACGGAUAACCUAUAUUCCUCAUUAAUAAAACCAGGGUAUAACAGUACAGAGGAUCAGAUCACGCUAUUAUACACUCCAAGAGCAGUUUUCAAAGUUAAGCCGGUGACUAGAAGUUCAUCAGCCAUUGCAGGUCAUGGUUCCACAAUUUUGUGUUCUGCCUUUGCUCCGCACACAAGUUCCAGGAUGGUAACUGGUGCAGGUGAUAACACCGCAAGGAUUUGGGACUGUGACACCCAAACGCCGAUGCAUACUCUAAAGGGCCAUUACAACUGGGUUCUUUGUGUCUCUUGGUCCCCCGAUGGUGAAGUGGUUGCCACGGGUUCUAUGGAUAAUACCAUAAGAUUAUGGGACCCAAAAACUGGUGAGUGUCUAGGUGAUGCUCUCAGAGGUCAUUCUAAAUGGAUCACUUCUCUAAGUUGGGAACCUAUACAUCUUGUGAAGCCGGGCUCCAAACCAAGAUUGGCUUCUUCUUCUAAAGACGGUACUAUUAAGAUUUGGGACAGUGUGAGCAGAGUUUGCCAGUAUACGUUAAGUGGUCACACAAAUUCAGUGUCUUGCGUCAAAUGGGGUGGACAAGGUCUGUUGUACAGCGGGUCUCAUGAUAGAACCGUACGUGUAUGGGACAUGAAUUCUCAGGGUAGAUGUAUUAACAUUUUGAAGUCACAUGCGCACUGGGUUAAUCACUUAUCUUUAUCUACAGAUUACGCAUUACGCGUAGGUGCUUUCGAUCAUACAGGUAAGAAGCCAUCUACACCAGAAGAAGCCCAAAAAAAGGCAUUAGAAAAUUAUGAAAAAAUCUGUAAAAAGAAUGGAAACUCAGAAGAAAUAAUGGUUACUGCAAGCGAUGAUUUUACUAUGUUUUUAUGGAACCCACUAAAAUCUACUAAGCCUAUAGCAAGAAUGACUGGUCACCAAAAAUUAGUCAAUCAUGUGGCGUUCAGCCCUGAUGGUAGGUAUAUUGUCUCAGCAUCUUUUGAUAACUCUAUCAAACUAUGGGACGGUAGAGAUGGUAAAUUUAUCUCCACAUUUAGAGGGCAUGUAGCCAGUGUAUACCAGGUUGCGUGGUCAUCGGACUGCCGACUAUUGGUGUCAUGUUCCAAGGAUACUACUUUGAAAGUGUGGGAUGUAAGAACAAGAAAGCUUUCUGUUGACCUUCCUGGUCAUAAAGACGAAGUUUACACUGUUGACUGGAGUGUCGAUGGUAAAAGAGUGUGCAGUGGUGGGAAGGACAAGAUGGUAAGAUUGUGGACACAUUGA